AUGUCGCGAUGGGCGGGACUUGCCAUUGUCAAAGGGAGCUCGAAAUCCGAGGCUACCGGAGACUCGGAGCUGCUGACAAAUGAGUCACAGAGUAACUUCGCCUUCCCCUGGCUGCGAUAUCUGGGCCGUAGGGCCGUAGGAAGUCACCGUUUUGCCAUUCCCCUACUUGGACAGGGGGUAGAAAUCCUAGGCACCGCGAAAUGGAAACUUGCUAGGACCCAGAAGCCAAGGACGCGCGAAACCGCGGGGUCCUGCGACAGAGACGCGCGGCGGCGCCGCCCCAGGACUGCGUUCUGCAGGCCCAGCCGGAACCCGUGCCGCGGCCCUGGGAAGAGACUGUGCCCGUGCAGCUCCCCUGUCACCGGCUCCGAGGAGCGUCGGGCUCCGCCCGCCCAGCCCUGCAGCACCCGUCCCCGUCCGUACGGCAACGCCAGACUCAGCGCAACUGGGGCACCGGCCACUUUGAAUCUCUCAGAUCCGUGGCCUGAGGGCUGCCGCCACCGAGAAACCGAGGCACAGAGCUGCGAACAAGAGACCACCGCUCGGCGAAACGGCGGUGCCAGGAGCCUGGGAGGGAAUGCAGCCAGCGACGUUGUCAAGAACAACAUUCGUUUUGGCGCAACCAACGGUGCUGUCACCAAGGAACCGUCGACUCUGAGAAAAAAAGAGAAGUUCGGCCACCGAGAAACUCCGUGCAGCAAGUGCUGUGACAGCAAAACCGCCGGCUCCGCGCCGGCGGCGAAAGAGUCAACGGAAACGCCGUGUGCUGCCACCGCGACGCCGCCGGCACCAGAGGGCCUCGGAUGGAGAGAGCUCCGCACCGAGACAAGGAAACUGUGCACGGCACAGCUAGCGGUGGACACAAACAGAAAAGUGUCUGCUCUGGUCUCUGUCACAAAGCGCCGAUCAAAACGAGCAACUCAGUGGAGGGAACCCCGCAGUCCCUGAUGAAGUUACUCGCGUGGCUGUGGGGCCAGAGAAACACCGCGUUCGACGACAGCCUUGGGGAUUCGACAGAGAAACAUUCGCGGCCACAGAAUACCAUCCAGCUCCGCGCAACCAGCGGUUCUGUGAUUCAGAAACCACUGUCAGCUGGACUCGACUAGUAACUUCUGAAAAACUGUCGUCUCAUAACAGCUUUCCUACCCACGACAGAGAGUCGCCUUUAGAGGGCACCUAACGGUGCUGAGACCGGCCUGGGCCAGCACAAAGCGCAGAGCGGUGCCCGUGCCAAGAAACGCCCGACUUGGUGAAACCAAUCUUGCGACCACCGAGUCCACUGGCUUCGCAGGACGCAAUGGGCGAUGGCGCGGCGGAGAAACCGCGGGCUUGGUUCACGGAUUAUGCUGCUGGCGGGUGAUGGUGGGGUGGAGCACUCGCAAAGUUGUGAAACCAGCGGCGCUGGGACCCAGCGAUCACCUGCCCGUAGCAAAUGCCUGUGCAGUUGCAAAAGACAACUUUUGGCGGAAGCAAGGUUGCAGUCAGAGAGCAUCCGAUAACGCUGACAAAGGAGUGGCGUUGGCAGUGAGAAAGCGCUGGCGCUGGGAAAGGAACGGUGCAGCCACCGACCAACCGCGCGCUCGGUGCCACCAAAGUGCUACCGGUUCUACCCACUCUGUCCCCCACAGGCUUAGGGAAGUCUAUUGUCCUUUUCUUUUUUCCUCUCUGGCCUACGCUGGUGCAGUGGUGUCAUCUUGGCUCAGUGCAGCCUCGACUUCCUGGGAUCCAGCGAUGCUCCCGCCUCAGCCUCUAGAGCAGCCGAGACCACAGGUGAGUGUUCCACCCCCGUCUAAUUCGUCUGUGUGUGUGUGUGUGUGUGUGUGUGUGUGUGUGUGUGUGUGUGUGUGUAUUAGAGACCGGGGUCUCGCUAUGUUGCCCAGGCUGGUCUUGAACUCCUGAGCUAAAGUGAUUCGCUCGCCUGGGACUCCCAAAGUGCUGGGAUCACAGGCGUUGGCCACCGAGGCCGGCAGGAAGUCUGUACUGUUCUUGCAUUCCACCCAUUGCAUUGGGCAGUGGCAGAGUAGUCGACUUAUGCCCCGAGAACCACGCAGAUCCUGUUGGUCCCAGGAACAAAGUAAAAACCAUUCUGGUCGCCAACAGCUUCCUAUGCAGCAAACAGCCAUCCAGCCUCCGUGACUGGGCUCUUCCAGGUCACCCCUCGCUCCUAGGCUCUCUUCCGGGUCCAGAACCCACAGGAUCCUACAGGAGGGGCCGACAACUGCUUGCCUUCGACACUUGAAACUCUCGGUCUAAGGCUCCCUAGGAGCGUAAAAGGCACAGCGUUUUCUGACCGCAGCUUCAGGUCUCCCUCGCCUGUCCCGGUACCUCUCCUGCAGGAGGGAACUCUGUGGGAACCGCUCGUUGAUUCUGAUGGUUAACUCUGUCAGAUGUCUUUAAUAUUGGGCAUAGGAGUUGGAAGAGGGCUGGAGAGAAAAAUGAACUGCAAAACUCCAUCACAGGAGGUGGGAUUGAUGGCAGACGUCUGUUCCCUCUCUAAACUCAAUAAACAUCUCAAAUUGCCAUCCACUUUCCUAUACCCUUGUUUUGUGAAAUGGAUCACUGAGGCUUUCUCUGUCUUUCCGGAUAUGCAAACAGCUGAAUUUUCAAGAGCU